AAAAAGCAAUGAGAAGCCAAAACGGAAACUUCCUUGGCAGUGGCGCAGUGCUUAUCAGCAGCGAGGAGUGGUGAUGUUUCUACCAUUUCGGCAUAUACUGUAUCAACCCGUAUAUUCACCGACACCCACUUUUUACUGGAACCAGAUUUCACUUUCAGACACUACCCUUUAUCCCCCUCUCACUUUCUGUGUUAAAAAGUACAAAUCUUUCUGUGCAAAACAGUACCUUUCUUGUUCCCUAGUGUUACCCAUAAAGUUAUGCAUUUGGGUUCUCUCAGUUCAUUAAGGUUGUUGAAGGUUCUGGUUUUGUAGCAGACAAGGGGUUGUUGUUGUUGUUGGCUUUGGGAUCUGGAUUUGUGUUAAGAGCCAGAUGGGGAGCUCGGAGGAGAAAGUUGUUGCUGUGAUCAUGGUGGGUGGGCCCACUAAAGGCACUAGAUUCCGGCCACUGUCAUUGAAUAUUCCGAAGCCACUUUUUCCUUUAGCGGGACAACCAAUGGUUCAUCAUCCAAUUUCUGCUUGUAAAAAGAUUCCUAACCUGGGGCAAAUCUUUCUCAUUGGUUUCUAUGAGGAGCGUGAGUUAUCAUUAUAUGUAUCCGCAAUCUCUAAUGAGCUUAAGGUCCCCGUUAGAUAUUUGAGGGAAGACAGGCCACAUGGUUCAGCUGGUGGACUUUAUAACUUCAGAGAUCUGAUCAUGGAAGACAGCCCGUCGCACAUUUUCUUGCUGAACUGUGAUGUUUGCUGCAGUUUUCCGCUUCCAGAAAUGCUUGAGGCUCACAGAAAAUAUGGUGGGAUGGGAACGAUCCUGGUAAUCAAGGUUUCUGCUGAGUCAGCAAGUCAGUUUGGGGAACUUGUAGCUGAUCCAGUCACCAAUGAACUGCUGCAUUACACAGAGAAGCCUGAGACUUUUGUCAGUGACCGGAUAAAUUGUGGUGUCUACAUAUUCACACCGGAUAUUUUUAAUGCCAUAGAGGGUGUUUCCUCUCAGCGGAAGGACGGAGCUGACUUAAGACGUCUAUCCAGUUUUGAAGCCCUGCACUCCGCAACAAGGAGUGCAUCCACACAUUUUGUAAGGUUGGAUCAAGAUAUCCUAUCCCCUUUUGCAGGAAAGAAGCAGUUAUAUACAUAUGAAACCAUGGACUUCUGGGAACAGAUUAAAACUCCUGGAAUGUCCUUGAAAUGUUCUGGGUUGUAUCUUUCACAAUUCAGAGUCACCAGUCCCCAUCUGUUGGUAAGUGGGGAUGGUACAAAGAGUGCCAGUAUUUCUGGUGAUGUUUACAUCCAUCCAUCAGCAAAAGUACACCCAAGUGCUAAAAUUGGCCCUAAUGUCUCAAUAUCUGCAAAUGCUCGUAUAGGAGCUGGUGUGAGGCUCAUAAGUUGUAUCAUACUUGACAAUGUCGAAAUUAAGGAAAAUGCAGUUGUUAUGCAUGCAAUUAUUGGAUGGAAAUCUUCUAUUGGGAAAUGGUCUCGUAUCCAGGCUAGUGGGAAUUACAAUUCUAAGCUCGGGAUCACAAUCCUUGGUGAAGAUGUGACAGUUGAAGAUGAAGUCGUGGUUAUCAACAGCAUUGUCCUCCCCCAUAAGACACUCAAUCUGAGUGUUCAGGAGGAAAUAAUUCUGUGAUACAAGGGUGGCCACCCAACUUUACUUCACAAUUUCUCGCACUAUGAUACAACUUUGAUUGCUCUUUAGUGUCAUGACUGGUAAUUCAAAUAGUUCACUGUUCAUUUGUAAAUUGAAGUCUUACUAAUAAAAGAUUAAUAUAAGUUAGUAUUUUAUAUUUAAAUUUAUAAAGUUA